AUCUGAUGCUGUGAGGAUGCUCCUGGCUUGACUAUGAUGCGCAAUAGUCCUCCUUUCCAAGUCUGUCUUGCCUUUUUGCCUGGGAUCUGUGUAACUACAUGCGUGAAUGGCAGCGCAGCAUGUUCCACAGCAAACAUGGUCGGUGCUGGCAAAGCAUCCAGAUGAGAUGCCACCAGCCUGUGAGCCAUUAUUCCCUCGAAGCGACCAAGGCUCCACCCUGGCGACCAGGCUUAGCGCUUGAUGAAUGGGUGGAACGAGACGUCAGGCCCAUCAGCCUUCGCCAAUUGACCUUCUUCGGUCGCACUUUAACCGAACACCGAUUAAUCAGUUCCGCAAACUAUGUGCGCACGGAGCUUCCCACAAGACUGGCACAUCGCCUUCGAGACAUGCAAAGACUUCCUUAUGUCGUCGUCACUAACCCGCAUCUCUCCCAUGUCUAUGAGCUAUACUACAAGGCUUUCGAACGCUUUCGCACUAUUCCGGAAAUCCGAUCACUGGAAGAUAAUGACCGGUACUGUGAUAUGCUCCGGAGGACGCUCAAGGAACAUUUGACCGUAAUUCCAAACCUUGCCAUGGGCGUGAUCGAAUGUCAAGAUUUGGUGAAGGCGAAUCAUAUGGACCACUUUAUGAAUACAAUGCUGCGGGCGAGAAUUUCUCGUCGGGUCAUUGCCGAACAACAUCUCGCGCUUACUGAAACGUUUAACUCGCCAUGGCAUUUUCCGGAAUCGAAAUCGCGAGCCGAUCUGAACGCCGAUUUUGUUGGAGAAGUGUUUUUAAAGUGUAAUGCAAAGGACGUGGUAAAACGGUGCGGUAAACUGGCACAAGACCUCCUGAGGCCGACACUUGAGCCCGGCCAAAAGAUACCUGAAAUUAGGGUGCAGGGACACCUGGGAGCAACGUUCCCUUAUAUCCUCGGACAUUUGGAAUACAUAAUUGGAGAAAUACUUCGAAAUUCGAUCCAAGCGGUAACCGAGAGAUAUAAAAACUGCGCCGGAGAUUCACCCCCGAUUGAUGUCCUAAUCUGCGAAGCCCCCCAGCACGUCAUAAUUCGUGUCUCUGACCAAGGAGGAGGGAUCCCACGAGAUAUUUUGCCGUAUCUCUGGUCAUUCUGCAAAGGUCCCCGGACACAAACACGCCUUCAGAACUUAGGCAAAGUGCCAACUCUCGCGGCAACGAUGCAGGAGCUUAAGGUCUCGAACUUUUCGCAGCCUGAUAUUAAGGCAGACGCUGCAAACCCAGCGAAUAGACACUCUCAUCAUCAAAGUUCUCUUGCAUCCCUUAGUUCGAGGCCUCCCAACUUACGCCUAGGCAUGGGUUUACCGAUGAGCCGCGUUUACGCCGAAUAUUGGGCUGGAAGCUUGGAGGUCCACAGCUUGGAAGGUUACGGAGUCGACGCGUUUCUUCAAAUCUCGAGACUGGGAAACAAGAACGAGCAAGUAACAGCGAGAGCUUCGAUAGACGCCGUCUAGUAUCUUCCGGACUUAAAACGAAAAUCUUAGUUGCAACCCUGAUACCCUCGCGCCGAUCUCCACCUCGAACAUACCUACCUACGAAUACCCGAUCCAUCGAAACAAAAGGCUAUAAUUGUCUAUUUAUCGCAUCUGACUCCGAUCAGACAUUCAUGCAGCAGGUCGCUUAUAUGGUUGAGCUUUGUAGCUACUCUUCUUGGGGACAUAAACAUAGAGGAAUGUGAAACAAUAUCAGCUUCUGGUCAUACCUUGCUUCCAGGGCCGUCAUGCGUCAAGUUUGCAUAGCCAAAGGCAAGCCGCAGACUUACUUUUUUCCGUUCCACGAUCAAAAUAUGCAGCCAAAACCCGUAUUGAACCCUCGUUCUCUUUCACCCGACCCUCCAUGCAUACUUUGUUGGAUUGAUACAAGGGACAUAGAUGAAACAGCACUGCCCAAAAAGUCCAAUAUUUUCAUAUGAACUGCGCUCCUUGGCUGUGCCUACUUUCCGGCUUCCACGCCCUGUGGCGCCUUCCUUGCCCUGGAGAAGCAAUGGUCCAGCAUACCGAUCUUUCACCUGCUCAUCCACCAAAGCUCCUCUGCACAAUAUGAUAGAUCAACUCAAGCACUAUGUACCCGGAACUUCUACCUAAACCUAGCCGGGACGCGAAUAUGGCCGCGGCAAGAGUUGUUGCCCAUGCACCGGAUUCCACAACUCGGCAUCGGCACGUUAGUGUUCCCUGACUCCUCUUGCGCUUCCGGAACCGCCAUGUUCAUAAACUAAUAUCCAUUCUGUAUGCUGGUAUGGAUAUAGGCAAAUACCAACGCUAGCAGUCAGGCUGAGCAGAGGUCAUUUUCCUUUGUUGGAAAUUCGUUUCCGCGUGUGCAAACAGGGGCGGAUAUGUACCUGGAAAGGCCUUUCCACAAAACAGGCGGAGGGAGGAGAUAUGCUUCAUGCAGAAGCUUUUCCGAGAAUCUCUCGAAGACCUGUUGUUUUCAAAGCUUUGCUACUUGGACAAUUACGUCGACCAAGAGGCGGUACACUGUUUAGAAGGGCCCAAGAUACAGCAACAGCGUUGUUGCCGCUGGUCGGCCUCGAAGGAAAACCUUCACAUUGCACUCAGCAACCUCAUCCAGCUCCAGGAUUGUUUUAUGUGGAAAGGUCCUGGUCCCGGAGAUCUCCAGUUUGGCGUACAAUUCAACGCCACUCGCCGGCCAGGUGCCAUUCCUGUGGAAGUUGCAUGGCAUCCUGACUAUAUUUCUUUCCAACCGUUCUCCAAUCCGGUCCUCGAGGGAGAACCUUUUCGCUUGGUUCCGGCAUACAGGGCUAUAUCUCGUGAUUUGUCGAUGCUUGAGACUGUCAGGCGCCAUACAAUCCAAUUUUCGACACCUUUCAACUAGCUGGAAUAAUUCUGUCUCGGGAUUCCAAGGCGUGGUUCCCUUCCUUUCUGACGCUGCAGAGCGCAACUUACAACCUGAGACGGCUGUCCAGCCAGGUGCAGGAGGUGAAGACGUUACUUUCUACACGGCUCAGUUCAUUGUGACGGGUAUCUAUAAACAAUAUUUUGACUCCAAAACAUACUUUGAAUAGACCGUCAGAUCAAAGGUUUCGAUCAAGAUUAAAAAAAGGCGGCGACCCUUGAGCUAGCACCACGCCGGUUUCGUCUAGCGAAGCUUUUAUUCCAGGGCUAGAACCGGAUUCUGCCAGAUGCCAGCUAGGCCAAAGAACAGAUAGACAAACACGUAGAGUGGCGUUUGCUAAUUGGAGGCCUUCUGCAUCACGGUAAUUGGGUAUUGGCCAUACAUUCUUGUGGCGGCCGAUGUGGGUGUUUUUAAGCCUCGUGAAUUACUGAUCCGGUUUCUAUUUUGUUUGGUUUGGUCUUCAUUCGCGAGGAAAUCUGAUUCAUCGAAGUCUCGGGUUCUAUUAUUCUCAGUGAUAUAUGUACCGUACUCGAGGGCUGCUGAAUUAUAAGGAUGCUUCUCGAAGGUUAAUCCGGGAAGUAUACGGACGGAAAAUUGGAGAAACGGUGCUUUUAUACAUCAUGAGUGCUCGAAGGGGAAUGAUACUUCUCUUCUCUAUAUCUUGACAGUGUAAACUAUAUCUCUCGAUUGUCUUUCUCCAGAUUUCUCUCCUACAAGUAGGGCCCUGGUGUUUCUAGAGCACCGUGGGACAUUGACAACUGACCAUAAUGGGACGCAUACACCGAGUACAUACAUACCUACAACCCUCUAUACAUAUGCAUCCUAGACGGAUGCUCUCGCACGCCGGGCAAGUUAAUGUCGCCCAGCACUCAUCCCGCGUGAGAUCCAGCUUCCUCGUCCUGAGCGGUGGUUUCCCCUUUAUCAACGGCAUCAAAUGGCAGCAAGCUCGAUUGGCGCUCGAUUGAUGGCCACCGCCACCCAGAUACAUACAACUUUCUUCUUUUUGCCACCACACAUCGGCAUUGACGAUCUCGUUUGCUAGAGUUCACUGCUCCGCGUGGACCUAUCUUUUUUACCUUGUUGUAUUGCUUAUUCCGUAAAGGGCACUGUAACAUAGGCAAUUAUCAGUUAACUAC